CACAAUCGUCUCACACUGCCCCGCGGGCGCACGAGACACAAACUGCGAAAGCACGUCGUCGAUUUACCAUUCUCCUUGUUGGAGCAGCUCGAGAUAAAAUCCGGAAGGUUUUCUAAUUUCAGUGCAGAAAACAUUUUAAUUUUUAUAUCAAAAUGAAGGUCGGUUUGUGUGCUUACAGCGCCUUCAAGAUCUAUCCUGGUCAUGGGAAAACCCUGGUCAAGAUCGAUGGCAAGGUUUUCACGUUUCUUAAUGGGAAAUGCGAGAGAUCCCACUUGAUGAAGCGGAAUCCCAGGAAGGUCACAUGGACCGUGUACUACAGGCGCAAACAUAAGAAGGGACAAGAGGAAGAGCAGCAGAAACGAAGAACCCGUAGAACCCACAAGUUUCAAAGGGCCAUCGUAGGCGCUUCCCUCUCUGAAAUUCAAGCCAAACGCAAUAUGAAACCAGAGGUUCGAAAGGCCCAAAGAGACCAGGCAAUUCGUGCCGCCAAGGAGGCAAAGAAGGCUACCAAGGCUGUGAAGAAGGCGAACGCACCUACGAAGGCACCUGCAAAGGUCGAAAAGAAGCAGCAGAAGAUCAGCAACAAGCCUCAACAAAAGGCCGCCCCAAGAGUAGGAGGAAAGCGUUAAAUAUUUUAUACCUUAAUUUUCUUUGUUUGUACCCUCAGUCCAGAAUAAAGUUUAAGUUACGGUAUAAAAUGUA